ACUUUCAUGCAUGAUUUGGUUGAACCUCAUCAUUCAUGCAAACCCAAACCAAUUGACAGUUCACGGGCUGGAGAAAGACGCCUCUAGUAUACAGAAAAAAGCAACACAGCAGUAACAUUCACAGUCCGCAGGCCGCAGCAGCUGAAUUUCGAAGGAGACUGUUUCAUAAACAGGAGCCAGGCACCGGACUUUCCAGGAGGAUACCACCUCCCGAACAUGGUGCGUCGACGACCCGCCACCGGGGCAGCCCCGAGACCCCACCUCGCCGCCGUCGGUCGCGGGCUGCUCCUCGCGUCCGUCCUCGCGGCCGCUGCCUCCUCCCUCCCAGUAGCCGAGUCGUCCUGCCCGCGAGACAACUCACUGGUGAGAGACAUAAGCCGAAUGCAGCAGCGCAACUACGGGAGGGAAGGAUUCUCGCAUAUAACUGUCACAGGUGCUCUUGCUCACGGGACGAAGGAGGUGGAAGUGUGGCUACAAACAUUUGGUCCAGGUCAAAGGACCCCAAUCCACAGGCAUUCUUGUGAAGAGGUUUUCAUUGUCCUCAAGGGGAAAGGCACGCUCUUACUCGGGUCGAGCUCGCUGAAGUACCCAGGACAGCCGCAGGAAGUUCCUGUCUUUCAGAAUACCACAUUUUCGAUCCCUGUAAAUGAUCCACAUCAGGUCUGGAAUUCUAAUGAGCACGAAGAUUUGCAAGUUCUUGUGAUCAUAUCGCGCCCACCGGUCAAGAUUUGACAUCAUCAUCGUCUUUAUCAGUACCAUAUUUUCUGGUGUGUAUCUGCAGCAAUUUCGAUUGUACAGUGAAUAAUUCAUUGCAAGUUAAUAACACACAUAUGAGCAACAAAUACUUUUCUGAGAUUCAGUGGCAUCUCCUGUUACAGAUUUAUAUACGAUGAUUGGAGUAUGCCUCAUACAGCUGCAAAGCUGAAAUUCCCCUACUUCUGGGAUGAGGACUGCUUGCCAGCACCAAAAGAUGAACUCUAGGUUAAGUGGUUCCUGCAAUUUGUCAGCUUCGUGUUCAUCCACAAUCCUGGUGGACUACGACUCACAUCUACAAGUUGAAAACCAUUAGUGUACUCUUCAUGUGUAGUUUUGUGUUGUGACUCUGGGAAAUCCAUAUUGACAACGUUUAUAAAAUUAAGCACUUCUGGAGCUGAGCUACUGUGGUCUAUAUUCUAGAUUUUUGAAGCAGUAUUGGUUUGUUUCGACAAAAGAUUUCUGCUCUUUAUUGUGAUAUCCCAGUGUUAAUCA